AGCUUCACGCUCUUCGUGCUCUCCGCCAUCUCUCUCUCUAUCUCACGAACAGAUCUCUUGCAAGUAGCGAAAAUGGCGACCACUUCCUGCGCCUCGAUUUCCAUGCAAGCUCCUGUCUCGGUAUCAGCUCGCCAGAAGCCGGUUUCAAGUUUCAGCUUUGGGAAGACAAAUCUCUCCUUCAACCUGCAUCAUCGGAAGCCCGCUCGUCUUGCAAUAUCUUGCGCGGCCACACAAGAGACGGUGGAGAAAGUGUCUAAGAUAGUGAAGAAGCAGCUGUCCCUUGCAGACGAUAAACAAGUGACCGCCGAGACCAAAUUCACCGACCUUGGAGCUGAUUCUCUCGACACAGUUGAGAUUGUGAUGGGUCUCGAGGAAGAGUUCGGAAUAACAAUGGCGGAGGAGAGGGCACAGAAGAUUGCAACAGUGGAGCAAGCUGCAGAACUCAUCGAAGAGCUCGUGAAGGAGAAGGGUGCUUAGUGGAAAUAAAACCCACCCACCAAAAAAAAAAUCCAAAGAAGAGAGAGUUCAAAAGCUAUGGCCUUUUGUCGUUAGGCGGCUCUCAUGGUAAUGUUUCUCGUUUUGUAGCGUCUUUUCUAACCGAGUUUUUCGAACUGCAUGCGUCUUUGUUGCUUUCCUUGCGUUGUUUCCAUCUCCGUCCACCUAAGACCCUCCCUCUCUCUCAAUAAAUUAUGACAUUAUCAUUUGAGACGUUC